CCGUGAUUCAUCAAACCAUGACUCCUCCAACUCUCAUCAAGAUAUAAAACCUCAACACCGCAACAAAACAUCCAUAAAUCAGUUAUUGUGAAAGGCACCACAUCCCUCGGGCCCUCAGUCUCACCUACUCAUACUCACCAAAUCAUCCAGAACACAGCGCCACUCGCGCACCAACACGUUUAUCCAUGAUGGCCUCCUCCUCCUCCUCCUCCCAACCCAUCACCCUCACCUACCUAACCGUCGACGUCUUCACCUCGACGCGCUACCUCGGCAACCCCCUAGCCGUAGUCCUCAUCCCCGCCUCCCUCCGCCCCCAUCUCACCCAAGACACCAAACAGCUCAUCGCCCGCGAAUUCAACUUCUCCGAGACCGUCUUUCUGCACACGCUCGACGACGAAGCGCGCGAUGGCUUGACUUCCACCAGCCGGGAGAUCGACAUCUUUACCAUCGAGGAAGAACUUCCCUUUGCUGGACAUCCCACGGUGGGAACGGCGUACCUCGUGCUGAACCAUUUCGGUUGGAAACAUGUGGAUACGCUUGUUACCAAGGCGGGACCGAUUACUAUCAGACCAACGACCGAAGGAAGGGUGAAGGCUACGAUUCCGCAUGCUGUGCGUGUUCAUAGGCAGACGUUGGGCGGGGUAUUGAAUGGACAAAAAGAAGGGGAGGUGAAGGAUAUGAUUGAGGCUGCGCUAUCGGAUGAUGCAGAGAUUAGAGAGGCAGAGUUGAAUGGGCCGGUGGUUAGUAUCGUGAGAGGAAUGACGUUUUUGUUGGUGAAACUGCCGAGUUUGGACCAUUUGGCGAAGGUGCCAAAGGCCAAGAGGCUGGAUUUUAGUAAGGUGGAGGGGUUGUUGGAUAAGGGGGAGUGGGAAGGCGGGUUUGUGUCCAGGUAUUAUUUUGUGCCGAUGGAGGGGGAGAAAGAGGGUGAAAAUGGGAGAAAGGAGUUCAAGUUCAGGACGAGGAUGGUGGAGUUGGGAUUUGAAGAUCCGGCGACGGGCAGUGCGGCGUGUACGUUGGCGAGCUAUUUGACGGUGAGUGGGAGGGAGAUGGGAGGGGCGAGGUUUGAGGUGACGCAGGGCGUGGAGAUGGGGAGGCAGAGUGAGAUUGAGGUGGAGACGACGGCGGUGGAGGGGGAGAAUGGGGAGGUGAAGGUGAAGGAUUUGUAUCUGGGAGGAACGGCGGUGGUGGUGACGAAGGGAAUAUCCGGAGAGGUUCCCGAGGAGCCUGUUGUCUCGAGAAAGACCGGCGCCGUCUUCGAGAAGCGAUUGAUCGAAAAGUACAUCCAAGAGAACCACAAAGAACCCGGCACCGAUGAAGAGCUAGACGUCGAAGACCUCCUCCCCAUCAAGACAAAUCGGAUCGUCCGCCCCCGCCCCCCGCAAUUCACAUCCCUCCCAUCCAUGCUCAAGGCCUUCCAAGACGAGUGGGACGCCCUGGUACUAGAGUCAUACAACACGAGGCAACAACUGGCGAGGACAAGGGAGGAAUUGGCCACGGCGCUCUACCAGAACGAUGCCGCCGUUCGCGUGAUUGCUCGCUUGACCAAGGAGCGCGAUGAGGCCCGCGAGGCCCUUUCCAGACUCACAGUUACGGCUUCUGCUGGCGGUGCCGCGACUGGCGAUGCUAUGGCAGUGGACAGCGAGGGUCUGCCCGAGGCGUUGGCUGCACAUGUUGAUGAGGUCCAGGCCGAAAAGCAAAAGGGCCGCAAGAAGCGACCAGUCCCCGAAGGCUGGGCCACUACAGACGACAUUUCCGCUCUGCAACAAACCGCCUACACAGAUCUCCCCGUCACACAAGCAACCUCGCUUGCCCUCAACGGUGGCUAUGCGGCGGUCGGUGGAUUGGACGGCAAGGUGGAUCUCUACUCGGUCGAGGCCAAGGCACACGAACGCUCUUUGGAGGUUGGCGAGCCGGUGACCGCCACGGUAUGGAUCGGCAACAAGGUCGUCUCGGCCACUUCGAAGGGCAGUGUCAAGGCUGUUGAGGGCGGUGUCGAAACUGGUUCUGUUACGGAACACGCUGGUGCCGUGACGGGACUGGCGGUGCACCCUGGCGAGCAGAUUCUUGCUUCGGUGGGCGUGGACAAGGGCAUCAUCUUUUACGAUUUGCAGUCGCUGCAGCGUGUGGCGCGUGUUUAUACUGAUGCUGAACUCACAUCCUGCGCCUUCCACCCCGACGGCCACCUCUUCGCCGCCGGCACGCAAUCCGGCCAGAUCGAGAUCUUCGACACCAAGACCCUCCAGCGCAUGGCCAACUUCACCCUCGGCGCCCCCGUCAAGACCCUUGUCUUCUCCGAAAACGGCUUCUGGUUCGCCGCUACGGGCGUCGGCCAGUCCUCCGUCACCGUCUUCGACCUGCGCAAGGAAGGCGACGCCGCGCGGGCCAAGGAGCUCCAGACUGGCGACGUGUCCGGCCUAGCCUGGGAUUACACGGGCCAGUACCUCGCCACUGCCGGAUCGCAGGGCGUUACGGUGCAGCAGUAUGUCAAGGCUAGCAAGUCGUGGACGGAGCCGUUGAGGACGAGCACGCCCGCUGUGGCGGUGCAGUGGGGAGACAAGGCGAGGCAGUUGGUGGCCGUCAGCAAAGAGGGCGUAGUUUCGGUGUUGGAGCCGAAGAGCGAGUAGGACCGCAUUGGAAAACACGAAACGUCGGAAUCGGAGACGGACAAGGUGGGGUCGGCUUUGGAGGACCCAAGAAGAUUAAAGUGAUGGGCUGGAGGAGGAGCGAAAGGGGAGAUAGGGGUUGAUUGGUUGACGUCAACUCAUGAUGAGAGAGGGCUCAAUGCCAGUCUGCCCAGUAUGACGCAAAACAUAAAGAGCUUGUAAAGUAAUUCAUUGGUUUAUCUGGACUCGAGCGUGAAAAAGAUAUUUGAUGAAUAGGCCUAGUUUAGAAUGGGCGACUGGAGCACGUUAUUUCAAGAGUAUAUUUGUCUUGUACAUGUCUUCACUUUUGAUCAUACCGAAGCAAAACGGGGAAAUUCAUGCGGUGAUACUGUUGUAUGGCUUCACCUAAUCUUUCGUGAUAGCGUUGCCUGUCUUCAAACAGCUUCCAUAUCACAGUCCAUCAUCAGACCCUGGAAGAGCUCACGAC